ACAUCCAUGAUGUAGGAAGGUCCGAUGGGAGUGGUUGGACAGAGACAGGUGGGAUUUUCCCUUAUCCUAUGAAAUCGAGGGGUGGCGCACAACCGCACGGCGCCACCGUGUGCUGCGAGACACCAGACCAGACACCGACCACCGUUUUCUUCCUCGCGAACCUAACCAAAAGUCCCGAACGUCACUGGUCCCACUUUCUCUCGCAAGGCAAGGCAAGGCAACAACCGACGGUGUCGUGUAGCUCCAGUUUCCCAUCAUUCCCAUUCUUGAUAUUUUUGCGAGGAAAAUGCUCCGAUGAAACAAACCGACGGGAUGCAGCAUCACAUCCAUUGACUGCGCAGAACAAGACCCAAGCAUCUCCUUCCUUUCUUUCCUCAUUUGCUUCUCUUUUGCUAGAUUUGGCUCUCUCUAUCUCUCCCUCCUGUACAAGCAGGCCUUAAGUUAAAGGCUGGCGACUGCCCUCCUGUGGUGUAUGCAUGGUUUAGUUGCCUCCGUUCCUCCACCAUAAGUCUACCUGCAUGAUUUUCCGCGAAAUGUCUGAAAGGCUCAGAGAGUGAUGGCAGCAGCUGAAGCCAGAGCUGUAUGGCAGAGAACAAUAAACCGUUAUUUUGUACAGGAGGAUGCAAAAAGAGCCCCUAAAUUAGCUUGCUGCCAAUCAUCAUCAGUGACGUCUAAACAGGUAGAUGCUGGACCAACCACCACAGCCCAUGAGGGUGACCAUCCAGAUAUAGGUUUCCUGCCUUCCAAUGGGAAGCCUUUGUUUUCUGAUCUUUGCGAUGACACAAGAUGGUGGCUUCAUCUCCAGCCAAUCCGUGGGUUCCAAAAGGAUGAAGAAGACCAUAAGGAUUUUGACGGUAAAAAGCGAGAGAUGGAAGCCGAAGACAGUGGGGAGGCCAAAGAUAUGAAGGAUAUCGAUAUGGGAGGAAGCUAUGCCUGCAUGCAAAUAGAUGAUUUUGGCUCAUCAGUUUCCAAGCAGCUUAUUGAACUUGGUUUUGAGCCAGAUUCUCCAUGGAUUAGUAAUGCAAAUAAUGAUCCAUGGUGGCGUGCGAUGGAUAAGGGUGAAGUAGCCUUCUUGGUUGCUAGGAAGUUGCUUGACCAUGUUGAGAAUUGUGAUCUUCCCCCGCCUCAGAAACUUCAUGUUAAGCAAUGCGCCUACUCAAAAAUUAGAUGCUUCAAUCAUGAUAAUCCUUCUCACAUGAAAGCGCAGCCAGUGACUCUUUCAACACCACCUGUUUGGUCACAUGAUUUUGAUCCUGAUGAAACAGUUGGAACAUGUGUGGCUUCAUUGGAAGAAUAUGUGCCUGGCGAGUUGCACAGCAAAACUACUGACAAUGCUGGCCCUGAGGAUAUGAAGGAAGCAUAUGAAGUUCCUGAUGGUGAUCCUUGCAAGUCUCAGCUUUUGGAAGCCCUCCGGCAUUCUCAAACACGUGCCAGAGAAGCAGAGAAGGCAGCAAAGCGUGCUCAUGAAGAGAAGGAGCACAUCAUUGAGCUCUUCUUCAGACAAGCUUCUCAGCUUUUUGCCUGCCAGCAGUGGUUUCAUCAAUGGCAGCUAAAAGCGUUCUACUUGCAAGCUGAGAACACUGAUCAGCCAAUUGUCACACCUGUCCCUGCCAUCCAUCCUUGGAUGCCUCGCAAAGGUAUAAUAGUGCGGUCGAAACCUCCUAAGAAUGCCAAUACUAAACGGGGAAAACAGGGACCAAUGUGGCUAGACAUUACUAAGUAUGCGCUCACCGUGGCAUUAGGUUUGAGCCUUGUGGGUACUGGUUUGCUUGUGGGAUGGACCGUCGGGCUGUUAUUGCCUCCUUUUUAGACAACGUACGUGGUUGUGCAAAGCAAAGCCUUCUCUGCUGGUUUGUGAAGGAGCGUUGCAUACAUGAGCAAGAUCGGUUGCCA